UUCGUCACUGUCACAAUGGGUUAUCGAGGAAUCUUCCAACACAGCACAGAAUUGCAGAGCAACCAGGAAAUUCCUUUGCUGUGUCUCUGGUUGCUAGGCAAUGUGGGUUUGGCCAGUGAAGGGAUCUUGUGUAUAUAUAGAGCAAUGGAGCGUACUAGAAGCAUGCAAAGCUACAGACAUCAGAGCAAACGGAUUCCAGAACAGACUCGUAAGCUCUACAUCUGCAAAUAUGGGUGCCUUCUUCAGCAGCCUUUACCAAACUCUUAUGAGUUUCUCUGGCACCAAGGCUCGGAUCCUGAUGCUGGGUCUGGAUGCUGCUGGAAAGACCACGGUCCUCUACAAGCUGAAGCUGAAUGAGACAGUCUGUACCAUACCUACCAUUGGAUUCAACGUUGAGACUGUGGAACCCAUCCGUAAUGUGACAUUUACUGUCUGGGAUGUGGGUGGUCAGGACCGGAUUCGAGCCCUGUGGAAACACUACUUUGUCAAUACAGACGGACUAGUUUUCGUGGUGGACAGUGCUGACCCAGAGCGGUUUCUGGAAGCCAGGACAGAACUGAAUGCCAUCCUCGACAAUGAGGAAAUGAGAGGUGUGCCCUUUUUGGUGAUGGCCAACAAGCAAGAUCUCCCAGGUGCCAGGAAACCCAUGGAGCUGGCGGAAGAGCUGGGACUGAUGAAGAAAAUAGGACAUCAGUGGCAUGUCCAGGGGUGCUGUGCAGCCAAUGGGGAAGGACUGGUGGAGGGGCUGGAGGUCCUCACCAACUUUGUGAAGCAGUUUCAAAAGAACAGGACAUUCUAAGAGGACUAAAUUCACGUCUAUCCAUACUAUCUCUACUUUUCCUGUCUAUGGAGCUGGGACAGUAUAUAGGACAAACACAGUGCUAUCAGAUUGUUCUUCACAAGCCAAAGAGUGGAGGAACU